GCGCUCAAGUACAUCGAGAAGAAAGUGAGUGAGGGUCAUGGGUACUACACUGCUAUCCUCUCUGUGCUGCUCAGGAGGGGGAUGGGAGUGGAGAAGAACGAGGCCAAGGCCUUUGACCUUGCGCUCAAGGCUGCUAAGCUUGAGGUGCCCGAGGCCAUGUGCAACGUAGGAGUGAUGCUGGAGCAAGGCGUCGGGACUAAAGUGAACCUGGGAGAGGCCAAGCUCUGGUACGAGAAGGCAGUGAAGGCAGGCGACGAUCAGGCCAUGGCCAACCUGGGGUCUCUCUACGAGCGGGGAGAGGGAGGAGUGAAGGCAAACAUCAAGCAGGCCUUGGCUCUCUACCGCAAGGCUGCAGACCUGGGCAACGGUGCAGCCAUGAACAACAUUGGAAGGCUGUACGCCCUUGGAUUGGGUGUGAAGCAAGACUACAUCGAGGCAAGGAGAUGGUUCAGGAAGGCUUUCGACCUCAGCGAUGUCCCGGGCAGGAACCCCCCGAAAGAAGCCUUGUUCAACCUCGGGGUCUUGUACGAGCGAGGCCAUGGAGUGAAGGUGAACAAGAAGGUUGCUUCUCAAUGGUACGGCCGAGCUGCC